AUGAUAAAUCUAAUUCAAAUUUUGAUUAAUUUCAAGAGCUCCACAAAUGUGCAGGACCCAAAUCAUGGGAACUGGUGGCUAGAAUUGGGAUCAGGCCAGCUUGUGGGCUACUGGCCAUCAGUCCUCUUCAGCCACCUUGCAGAUCAUGCAAGCAUGGUUCAAUUUGGCGGAGAGAUAGUGAACACUCAGCCCUCUGGCUUCCACACAUCAACGGAAAUGGGAAGCGGCCAUUUUUCUCAGCAGGGCUUUGGAAAAGCUUCCUACUUUAGAAAUCUUCAGCUUGUUGAUUGGGAUAACAGCCUUGUUCCGGUCGCCGGACUCCGGCUGCUCGCCGACCACCCCGGUUGCUAUGAUAUACAAGGAGGAUUCAGUGGUGUGUGGGGAAAUUAUUUUUAUUAUGGGGGGCCUGGAAGGAACAUGAAAUGUCCUUGAGGAUGACUCCAUUUUUU